AUGGCCGACCCAACCCCCCCCGCCGCGACCCCCACCCCCAAAGACACCACCUUCCGCGCCUUCACCACAACCCAAGGCGCCUCCUACGCCCAACACCGCCUCAACUACCACCCGCGCCUGUACGGCCACGUCCUCGACUACCACAGCGCCACCGGCGGGCAGUUCAACCUCCUCGUCGACGUCGGUUGCGGUCCCGGAAUGGCAGUCCGGACGCUCGCGCCGCAUUUCAAGGCUGGCGGUGCGGUUGGGCUGGACCCGUCGGAGGGAAUGGUGGAGACGGCGAGGAAGAUUUUGGAGGCUGAUUUAGUUGAGGCGGAGGAGGCGGCCGCUGCUGAUGGGGGGGAGAAGAAGGAGAUUGCCAAGGUGAGGUUUGAGGUGGCGACGCUGGAGGAGGCCGCUGCGAAAGAGGAGAUUGGGCUUGCAGAGGGGAGUGUGGAUUUAAUCACUGCCGCGACGGCCGCGCACUGGUUUGAUAUGACCACUUUCUGGCCGACCGCGGCAAGGUUGCUCAAGCCCCGGGGGAGUGUGGCGUUGUGGUGUGGUAGUGGUGUGGUGGUGGACCAGUCGGAGCCGCAGGGGACUGCGAUCCAGGAGGCGCUGGACCGGUUUGAGGUGGCGUUGGAUGAGUAUAUGAUGCCGGGGAAUCGCACGGCGAGGUGGGGGUAUAGGGAUUUGGUGCUGCCUUGGAUGUUGGAGGGUGAGGCGGGAGAGAAUGCCAAGGCGUUUGAGGAGGGGGAGUUGUUGAGGAAGGAGUGGGGGGUUGGGGAGGGGCUGGAACCGAUUGACCAGUUUUAUUUUACGCCGACGGAUCGGCCGGCGAGGUUGGAUGUGUUGGUGGGGAUUUUGGCGACGACGAGUCCGUAUAUUCGGUGGAAGGAGGCGAAUGGGGGGGAUGCGGGGACGGAGAGGGAUCCGUUGCAGGUGAUGAGGGCGGCGAUGGAGAAGCCAUUCGAGGAGUUGAAGGCCGCUGGGUCGAGGUUGAAGGGGGGUGUGGGGGGUGUGUUGUUGGUGUUGAAGAAGGCUUAG